UUAUAGACUAUAUUGUAAUUAUUUUAGCGGGGAAAGACCGUGGAAAUGAGUUUACAUUCUUCUUUCUAUGCGCUAAGAUUGGUCUGUAUCAUGUGACUGAUAACGUGACUUUCUUAUUUGUUGUUACGUGUCCCAAAAAUAUUCAUUUUCAAAAUAGAAACCUGAUCUCAUCUGUGUUGAUCUAAAUCGAAUGUAGAUCUAUAGGGAAAGUUGCCAAUAUUUCUUCCUAUAACUUGAAAAACCACUUCAAUAACUAGAACUAGAAAUAUUCAACACAAUGGCGUCUGGGAAAGCAAAGCCAGCAUUCUGCAGAGGAGAUCAUACCCAUGAAAUCCCCAUGGAACUUUUCAAACAAAAUCGUGCUAGACUGUGCGAGAGGUUGAAAGCUACUGGAAAAGUUCCAGAAAAAUCAUACGUCCUGCUGCAGGGUGGGGUUGCUGACACACGUAAUGAUUCAGAUCAUGAGCCUCUCUUUCGUCAAGAAUCAUUUUUUCAUUGGGCCUUUGGUGUGGAGGAGCCAGACUUUUAUGGUGCUAUCGAAGUAGAUACAGGAAAAGCUAUUUUGUUUCCACCUCAUUUGCCUGAAUCUUAUGCAGUUUGGAUGGGAAAGCUUUUGACGGAAGAUGAUUUCAAGCACCUGUACUCAGUUGAUGAAGUUCACUUUGCUGACAAGAUUUCAGAUGUUUUAAAGAAAAAAGAGCCAUCUCGACUGUUAACCCUGCAUGGUUUAAACACAGACAGUGGCAAGUACAGCAAAGAGGCAGUUUUUGAGGGUAUUGCUGAAUUUACUGUCAACAAUGAGAUUUUACAUCCAGAGAUCACUGAAUGUCGUGUCUUUAAAACUGAUUUGGAACUUCAAGCUCUACGCUAUGCAAAUAAAAUCAGUAGUGAAGCCCACAUUCAGGUGAUGAAGAAUGUCAGACCAGGAAUGUACGAGUACCAAGCUGAAAGUAUAUUUCAGCACUACUGUCACUUUACAGGAGGUCUACGCAUUCUGUCAUACACCUGUAUUUGUGGAAGUGGACACAAUGGGUCUAUCCUUCACUACGGCCAUGCAGGUGCUCCAAACAGUAAACCUAUUGAGGAUGGAGACAUGUGUUUGUUUGAUAUGGGUGGAGAGUAUUACUGCUACAGUUCAGACAUCACAUGUUCAUUCCCAGCCAAUGGGAAGUUUACACCAGACCAGAAAGCUAUCUAUGAAGCUGUUCUUGCUUCCAGUCGAGCAGUAAUGUCAGCUGCAAAGCCCGGUGUGUCUUGGGUUGAUAUGCACAAACUGGCCGAGCGAGUUCUCCUGGAGCACCUGGUCAAGCUUGGCAUCCUCCAGGGUGACCUUGAUGAAAUGAUGAAGGUCAGGCUGCCAGCCGUGUUCAUGCCUCAUGGUCUAGGUCAUUUUCUGGGCAUUGACACACAUGACUGUGGUGGUUACCCUCAGGGUGUAGAGAGAAUCAAUGAGCCAGGCCUGAGGUCCCUGCGUACAGCCAGAACCCUCCAGCCUCGGAUGGUGAUAACAAUAGAGCCUGGCUGCUACUUCAUCGACCACUUACUGGAUGCUGCUUUAAAUGAUGAAAGACACAAGAAGUUUAUUGUGGAGGAGGUUCUCAGAAGGUUCAGGAGAUUUGGAGGGGUGAGAAUUGAAGAUGAUAUAGCUAUUACUGAGACGGGAGUGGAAAAUUUAACCUGUGUACCUCGCACUGUGGAGGAGAUAGAAAGGGUCAUGGCAGAGGGGAGACAACAGCACCAGCCACUGCCCCAGCACCAGAAACAAGAGGCAACAGAGCAGUAGUUAUCUGCUCCUGUAUGGCAGCCAUCACUGUGAUCUUUCAAAUGUAGAAGUAUUAUUGUUACUGAAUUUACUUGAAUCAAAUAAUAAUUUUACAGUGUAUUUUUAUCAUGUUAUGACAUAUUGUCCAACAUAUUGCCCAAUUAUUGUUGAUCAUACUUAUCUAUUGCAAGUCAGAAACAUAUUAAGUCAGAUAUUAUCUAUAUUCUGCUUUACAUAUAAACAGAUGGCUUUUGUCAACAACAAAAAAUUGCAUUACAAAUUCUUAUUUUAAUUAAAUGAUUAACUAGGUUUAUCUUUUAUUUUGAAAAUUAUCAAUGUAAUUUAAAUUUCUUACAUUUAGUAUUAAAACAGAUUUUCUUAAAUAUUUUCUAGAUGUGUUUUUAUUUAAUACAUUUUAAUGGACAGGCUCUAUUGUUCUUUUGUCUCAUUGUUCUAAGUUAAGUGAUAAAAUUUAAUUAUUGAUUCAACUGUGUAUGUGUUACUAAAAUCAUUUCUAGAGAAUAGUGUAUUGGGUUUUUUUUUCAUUUAUUCAAAACUUUUACUUAACAAUUCUAUUCAAUUUUUUCUUAAUUCAUUUUUUUUUAUUUGCUGAAUAAAAUGUGUUGAAGAAAAGUGAUUUUAAUGACAAAGUAGUUAAAUAUUUUUGAGAUAACUGUUAACUAUUACACACCUAAAAUGGAGAUAAAUUUUUGAAGCCUAAGAACAAAAACAUUCCUACUGACAAUACUAGUAAAACCCUAAUAGUUUCUUUAUUUAUAUUCUUUAUUUUAGUCUACUUUCCUCCAGAGUUUCUUCCAGGCUUAAGAUAAUGCUUUAAAUCUAAGACUUCUCAAAACAUUAGCAAAAUAAUAAUGCACUUUAUAUUAUUAUUUAUUGCUCAUAACUUAUUUUCUCAGUUAAUUUGGCCAUACAUGCUCUUGAAAUAGCUUUAAUAAUUGGUUGUUAAUUAAGAUUUAUUCUAUGAUAUUUGAAAUAGUAAAUAUUAAAAUCUGCUUGUUAAUGGGAUCAACGGAUUUAAAAACUUGAUUGAAUUUUGUAAAACAAAAAAAAAAUUGAGAAAAAAUAAAAUAUUUUUUAUUGA